UGGUUCCUCCCAGCGAGCUUCUGCGCUGCUCUUUCCUUCAGCUGCUGUCAGAUAAGAAGCUCACCGCCGGCAGCUGUAGCUAUGUUAUCGCGGUCCAGAUGCGUAUACCAGACGCUUGGCCGUUCUCUGUCAGCGGCUAGCCAGGCUGAUAACGUGCUCUUCCGACAAAGUGUAUCAGGCCUCUCUGUCUGCAGCCGGCUAGUUUACAGGAAGUCUCAGCCAUGCAAAUUUCCAUCAUCAGCGAAUGUCUUUCACAUCCGAUACUUCAAGACAUCUGCUGUUCACAGGGAAGAGGUCAUCACAGUCAAAACCCCUGCAUUCGCAGAAUCUGUUACAGAGGGGGAUGUGAGGUGGGAGAAAGCUGUGGGCGACUCUGUGACAGAAGAUGAAGUGGUGUGUGAAAUUGAGACUGACAAGACCUCUGUUCAGGUGCCCUCUCCAGCAGCCGGUGUAAUUGAGGAACUGCUGGUGCCUGAUGGAGGGAAGGUAGAAGGAGGGACGCCGCUCUUCAAACUCCGGAAAGGAGCUGCUGCUGCCAAAACUGCCCCCUCCCCAGCUGCAGAGGCUGCAGCUCCUCCUCCACCUCCAGCUUCAGCCACCACUGCCGCGCCUCCAGAACCCCCAGUGCCACCACAGGCUGCCCCAGCUAAAUCUGUUUCUGCUGUCAAGCCCACUGCUGCAGCUCCAGCUCCUCCAGCAGCAGGAGUUAGAGGAGAAAACAGGGUGAAGAUGAACCGUAUGAGGUUGAGGAUCGCCCAGAGGCUAAAGGAGGCUCAGAACACCUGCGCUAUGUUGACCACCUUCAACGAGGUGGACAUGAGCAACAUUCAGGGGAUGAGGACGGUGCAUAAGGAUGCUUUCUUAAAGAAGCACAACAUCAAACUGGGUUUUAUGUCAGCAUUUGUGAAGGCUGCUGCUCACGCUCUGACUGACCAACCUGCUGUCAAUGCCGUUAUUGAUGAUUCAACCAAAGAGAUAGUCUACAGGGAUUAUGUAGACAUCAGCGUCGCUGUGGCAACUCCAAAGGGGCUUGUUGUACCAGUGAUCCGUAAUGUUGAGACCAUGAACUUCACUGACAUCGAAAAAGCCAUUAAUGCUUUGGGAGAAAAGGCUCGUAAAAAUGAGCUAGCUGUUGAAGACAUGGAUGGAGGCACAUUCACCAUCAGCAACGGUGGCGUGUUCGGCUCCCUGUUUGGCACGCCUAUCAUCAACCCCCCACAGUCUGCCAUCCUGGGCAUGCACGGCAUCUUUGACCGGCCGGUGGCCAUCAAUGGCAAGGUUGAGAUCCGGCCCAUGAUGUAUGUGGCACUGACGUAUGACCACCGACUCAUUGACGGCAGAGAAGCGGUCACUUUCUUACGCAAGAUCAAAGCGGUGGUGGAAGACCCACGAGUGUUGCUUCUGGACAUGUGAUGACGCUUCUGCCGCCACCUUACACUCAUAGGUCAGCUGCAUAAAAUGAACCCCACAUCACAAAAGAAAUGCACAGGUCGCACAAGAUCGCCAACACUGAUUUCAGACUGCAGGGCGAUAUUGAGGUUGUGUUCCAACACUUACAUGGAGCUGAAAUAGCGGUGUUGUCUUUAGAGAGAAACUAGAAGUAUCUGCCAUCCUAGCAAUAUGCUUAAAAUGGUCCUUAGCUGAAUCAACAAAGCAAAAAGAAAGCUUAGGACAACAGUUGGCGCACACAGGCUUAAAAUGUUGACGAUUACUAGCAUACAGGUGUAUUAUUAUACCAAUGUGCUCUUCAGAUGGACAUAUGAAGCAGCAGACAAACACUCGCUGCAUUCUUGUCACAGCUGUGUAAUCAUGAAUCAGGCAAUAUUUGGCUGCUUGACUUUCUCCCGUGCUCAUUAGUUCAAGCUCCAGAGCCACUGUUUCCACAGCGGGGCCAAGCGGAGCUCACUCAGAUUUAAUGUUUUUAAUGUUAACACAGAAGUAAAAGAAUUCCUUGGGUUUGCUGCUAGUCAUUGUUACUAGCAACAGUCUGGGGGGGAAAAAAAGACUCCGCAACCUGUCUGACGAGCAAGUGUUUGGAAGCGAUUCAGUUCACUUAUAUUGCUGCUUUUCACUUUCAUCCAUGUCCUGUCUUUUUUUCUUUUUUUUUUUUUUUGUUUUGUUUUAAACCUACCUUGCCGUUGCCAGGCAGAUUCUUUGACCAUGAAAAUCUAAAUAUUUUGAUCACAUUGCUUUUAGUAAAACAGACACACAUAAAUUGAACUGUUCAUUAGCAGAAAGUGUAUAAAAUUUUUUUGUUUUUGUUUUUUGUAUACUUGUAUGUAUGAUGGAAGUUUUGCAGCAGUAGAGAUUUUCAUUGUGUUAUCCUAUUUAUAAAAUACUGGUAUCUAUUUAAAGAAACAAUUUUAAAAAACAUUAAACAUCUCAAGUUCUUAUGUA